AUGGGUGCCGCCUCUUCCAAGCCGCAAGCUCCCGCGAUGAGCCAGGUCUCCGUCAAGCGCGAGAGCAUCGACGAGAAGACUGGUAUCACGUCGCAGGUGCCGCUGGCCGCGCCUUUGUCUGCCGACGGCACUAUCUCGCUGGCGAGCCUCUCGGACUGGGAGGAUGCGGCCAAGAGUUCCGCGAAGACGCAGCUCGCUCGCACUGUCUUCUCACAGACGAACAUUAACACGCUCUUGAAGCGCGAGGUCAAGAUUGCGGACUACCAUGUCUUCAACACGGAGUUGCCCUUCAAGACCUCCCCGAUCACCUCCCAGAAGAGCAGUGGGCGCUGCUGGAUCUUUGCGACGACCAACGUUCUCCGCUACGACAUCAUGAAGAAGCUCAAUCUCUCGGACUUCCAGUGCUCGCAGAACUACCUCUUCUUCUGGGACAAGCUGAACAAGGCAAACUACUACCUGGAGCUCUCGAUCCAGGAGGCUGACCGCCCGCUUGAUGACCGCCUUAUCAAUCAUCUCGCCGGCGAUCUGAUCAGCGAUGGUGGACAGUGGGACAUGAUUGUGAACUUACUCGAGACCUACGGCGUGGUCCCCCAGCCCGUGUACCCCGAGUCCCUUCAUUCAUCUCUUUCCGGACCCAUCAACUCGCUCCUCAAGACGCGUCUUCGCGAGCACGCGCUCAUCCUGCGUGACCUAACGCACUCACUUCGCGCACAGGGUGUCAGCGCCGCAUCUGCACAGGCAACCCUUCGCGCGAAGAAGGAGGAGCUUUUGUCGGAGGUGUACAAUGUCAUGACGGCUACCCUCGGAGUCCCGCCGUUGCCUGACUCGACCUUCACGUGGGACUACUAUGACAAGGACGGCAAGCCGCACACAUGGGAGGGCACGCCUAAGCAGUUCUACAAGGACUUCACGAGCAAGACGUACCCUGUAGCGGACUCGUUCUCGCUUAUCAACGACCCGCGCAACGAGUACAAGAAGCUCUACACUGUUGACAAGCUCGGCAACGUCUGGGGCGGCCGCCCUGUCCUCUACGUCAACACUGAGGCUGAAGACCUGAAGGCUGCAGUUGUUAAGUCAAUCAAGGCCGGCAUUCCUGUCUUCUUCGGCUGCGACGUUGGUCAAUCGUCUGACCGCAACCUCGGCAUCAUGGACGCCGAUAUCAAUGCGUACGAGAACGCAUUCGAUAUCAGCCUGACUCUCUCCAAGGCGGACCGCAUCCGCACGAACGAGUCGGCCAUGACCCACGCGAUGGUGAUCACGGCUGUUCACCUUGACGCUGCCGGAAAGCCGGUGCGCUACAAGGUCGAGAACUCAUGGGGUGACGCUGUUGGCGACAAAGGCUACUUCGUCAUGAGUGACAAGUGGUUCGAGGAGUACGUGUACCAGGUCGUUGUGCCCAAGGCUCUCGCGGCGAAGGAGCUAGUCAAGGUAUUUGAGAGCGAUGAGAAGAUUGUUCUCCCUGCUUGGGACCCUAUGGGAGCGCUUGCUUGA